CGAACCGAAAGAAGAAACCAACCCCAAAUAAUUUCGUCUUCCACCAAAUAUUUUCAUUGUGAAAUCAAUCAUGAUCGCCGGAGAAGAUGUAUACAAGGUGGUGAUCGCCAUGUUGCCGCUGUACACGGCGAUUUUCUUAGGAUACGCCUCCGUAAAAUGGUGCAAAAUGUUCAAACCUGAUCAAUGCGAUGCCAUAAACCGGUUCAUAUGCUAUUUAGUCAUCCCAUUUUUCAUCUUCGAAUUCAUCAGUAGCAUCGACCCUUACAAGAUGAAUCUCCGGUUCCUCGCGGCCGAUGUCAUCGCCAAAUCCAUCGCCGGAGCAGUUCUUGUUUUGUGGGCUAACCUGAACAAGAAAGGGAGCUUUGAUUGGUCCAUCACGACUUUUUCACUGUCGAGUUUGAGUAACACGCUCCUUUUCGGUGUUCCCUUGUUGGAAGCCAUGUAUGGAGUUGAAGGCAAAGACCUUGUUAUUCAGUCAACCAUCCUACAGUUCCUAAUAUGGUUCAUCAUUUUGAUGAUUUUAUUAGAAUUGAGGCUCGCUAAGUCGGUUGCAUAUGAAUAUGAAAAGUCAACCCGGACAACGACUACCGCUCAGGUGGCGGAUAUCGCAACUCGAGAUAUUGAGGAUAUUCCGACCAUGAUCACGGCCGCGACCGUAGACGGGCCGAGCAAACCACUUGCAUUUUGGAAGGUAAUGAAGAUCGUCUGUUUCAAGCUUGCUAAGAACCCUAAUGUUCUUUCUACCGUUAUUGGACUCAUUUGGGCUCUUAUUGCCAAAAGGUGGCAUAUUGGGAUGCCGAAGAUCAUUGAGGGAUCAAUUUUGAUAAUGUCGAGUGGAGGAGUUGGGUUGGCUAUGUUUAGCCUGGGGCUUUUCAUGGCAUUGCAAGAGAAAGUUAUUGCUUGUGGUGUGGGCGUAGCUUCAUACACCAUGGUUAUGAGGUUUGUCAUUGGACCGGCAAUCGCAGCCAUCGGUGCUUUGGCCACCGGUUUGCAUGGGGAUGUCCUACGCAUCGUCGUCAUUCAGGCAGCACUGCCACAAUCCGUAGGAUCAUUUGUUUAUGCUCAAGAAUAUGGAUUACAUGCUCAAGUAAUUAGCACAGCGAUCCUUUUAGGCACAGUAGUAGCCCUACCUUUGCUGAUAGGCUACUAUGCUGUUCUGGACAUUUGGCAUUGAUAAUAGAGAGCGACUUUUUUAACUGAAUCAUACAGUUAAAUCAGUAAUUAACCGUUGGAUACUGAACAAAAUGAGCAACUGGUCAUCAUCAACAAAAAGUCUUCUAUUUUUAUAACAUUGCGAACUGAGUCAUGCGAUUUUGAUUUUUUUUUUCCCCUAUUAAAUCAGUGUCAUGACAUAUGCUAAAG